CUGUUCCAACGGAAAUUAUUAAAAACAAAAUUAAAAAAUUCAUAUUUAAUUAAAAUACAGAAAAUGAGUAAUUUAAAACCUGAAGGUGUUGAGACAGAAGGUAUAUUUAUAGGUAAACCAUCAAAACAAGAUCUAAUUAAUUAUUUUUUGAAACAACAAAGAAUAGUAACGAUAAAAAAAAUGGAGGAAACUGAACGUGAUAAAUCACCUGAUCUUAGCGAAUCAUUUGAAAUAUAUCUUGAACAAAAAAAGAAAAAAAUUGAAAUCGAGAAGAACAAACUUGAUGAUCAACACAUAAAUGAAAGAGAAUUCAAAACUAUUAAUACUCCCGGAGAAAAAAAAAAUUUUAUGAACUCGUCUACAAGAUCAGUUCAUAACGAUUUAUCAUGUAACGAUUCAUUUAUUGAACUCGAAAAAAUGUGCGAAAACACUUUGAAUCUAAACAAUAUAUCAGAAGUUUUAGCAGAUUUAACUUCAAUAGAGCUGAAAAUGGAAUCAAAUGACGGUGAUUCAAAGAAAAUAGACCAUGUCGAAGAAACUAAAUUACAAGAAAUGGAGCGACCAUCAUUUUUUUUAAACAAUAGUUCUUUAGUAAGUAAUGGAGAGCAAUCUUCUUUUAAAAAUGAUUAUGAUAAUUUUUCAACGGUUUUGGAGGCCACAACAAUGUCAUUGUCAUAUAAAACAACUCACAGUCAUUGUCCCAGUGUUAUGUCGUCAGAUAAAAGUGAAUAUUAUCAAACAGCUAAUGAUAAAAGCUUUGAAUUGAUGAAAAAUAUUUCAAAUGAGCAUUCAUUUGAGCUAAAUAAACAACAUAAUGAAUCAACGAGCUUAAUAUUUGAAAAGAAAAGAAAUGAUCAAGGUUUUCCACCAUUAAAUGAUACUUUAGAUGAAAUUGACUUUUUACUGUCACAAGCACAAAAGCUUAAUGAUCAAAAUGGGAUGCAAAACGAUAUUCUUAAGAAAGCACAGAUAAAUGAUUGUAAACUUCAGCAUUCAAAGUCUCCUAUUUUAGAAAAUAGGCGAAGAGUAGUUCUUACACCGAAAUCUUCCCCUUUAAGUUCCCCAUUAAUUAAUUUCAAGCAUCCAAAACCGGUUUCAUCAUCAAAAAACCCCCAAUUUUCAAGGGUUAAUAAUAAAAAAUUUCAACAUAUUGUAAGUCCUGUAUCUCGUUAUAUUCAAACUUCUGAGUCUGUAUUGAACGCUAAUGCUCAUCUAAACUACAAAGGUUUGGGAGCAAAACGACAAUUUAAUUUUCGUGACAGUGAGAAUUUUAAUCAAACUCAUGAUAUUUCUGUAAAGGCUUCUUCGUUGCCUUUAAGGGCAAAAACAAACACUUUGAAUUCACAGAAAAUAUCUGAAAAAGAAAAGCAAACAACUCAAAAUAAAUUUAAAAUGAGUCCAAUAAUUGCAAGUAAAACAAAACUCGUGAAUCUACCAAGAAAUGCUACCAAUUUUUCCGACAACACAUUUAAUGAGCAAUAAAUAAAAAUCAUAAUAAAUUGUGUAAAAACCCAGCUUUCAUUGAUAUUUGUCAGCUUUCCUUAAUAUUUCUUCAAAUGUAUUUUUUAGAUCAGAAAUUUUAUUCUCUUUUGUUUGUCUUCAAAAAUCUUAAUAAAUUGUCCUAUAAACAUACUUGAAUAAAAAUAAGUUUAAAAACUUUUUUGUGUUGUAAGUUAUUUGUUUUCAAACACAAAUGAAAAUGAAAUUUGAAAAGUUACGAAAACAU